GCAAGGCCAGAGCGUGCCCGUGCGUAUAAAAAGCGAUCGUUGGCUGUACUAUUUCAGAACAGAGCAUCCUCGUGCCUUUGUACACCAUCGCCGGCCACUCGAGAGCUCCAGGCGCGCUCUAGGCUCUAGCUAGCUAGGGUGGCGGUGACAAUGGCGGCGGCGACGUUGGUGUUGGUGAUGCUCGUGGUGACGGUUGGCGUCGCGGUGGCGAUGGCGGAGGGCGGGAAGCUGUGGCAGGGGUACUACGAGCAGAGCUGCCCGCGGGCGGAGCAGAUCGUGAAGCACUACGUGGAGCGGCACGUCCCGCACGCGCCCUCCGUCGCCGCCACCCUCAUCCGCACCCACUUCCACGACUGCUUCGUCAGGGGGUGCGACGCGUCGGUGCUGCUGAACGCGACGACCGGCGGCGGGGAAGCCGAGAAGGACGCGACGCCCAACCUGACGCUGCGCGGCUUCGCCUUCCUGGACCGCGUGAAGGCGCUCCUCGAGCAGGAGUGCCCCGGCGUCGUCUCCUGCGCCGACAUCCUCGCGCUCGCCUCCCGCGACGCCGUCGGCGUCAUCGGCGGGCCGUUCUGGCGCGUGCCGACGGGGCGUCGCGACGGCAGGGUGUCGAUCAAGCAGGAGGCGCUGGACCAGAUCCCGGCGCCCACCAUGAACUUCACCGACCUCCUCACCUCCUUCCGUGCCAAGGGCCUCGACCUCGCCGACCUCGUCUGGCUCUCAGGGGCACACACCAUCGGCAUCUCACACUGCAACUCCUUCACCGAGCGGCUAUACAACUUUACCGGCCGUGGAGGACCCGGGGACGCGGAUCCAUCUCUUGAUGCGGAGUAUGCUGCCAACCUCCGCAGGACCAAGUGCACCACGCCCACGGACAACACCACCAUCGUGGAGAUGGACCCUGGGAGCUUCCUCACCUUUGACACUAGCUACUACCGUGGCCUCCUAAAGCGUCGGGGACUCUUCCAGUCCGAUGCCGCGCUCAUCACCGAUGCUGCAGCAAGGGCCGACGUCGAGAGCGUGGCCAAGGGUCCGUCGGAGGUGUUCUUCCAGGUGUUCGCACGGUCCAUGGUGAGGAUGGGCAUGAUAGAAGUGAAGACCGGUGGCGAGGGGGAGAUCAGACGGCAUUGUGCCGUUGUCAACAGCUAGUGUCGUGCGUUGGUGGCAUGUGGACGAUUGUUUUUGUAUGUUUAGUUACAUUUCCUUUUUCCUUUUUGUGUAUGUAUUUUGUCUAUUUUCCUUGUUUGUAAGGUGGUUUUCAAGUUGUGGUCCACGUGAUACAUGUCUUCUUUCUAUUUUGAUGAAAGUAAACAAAUAAACAAGGAACAUGUGUUAAUAAAGCA